GCCUCCGUGGCGCUGCGGAGGCGGUGCCCUGGCCGUCCGCCCCCUUGACGGACCGGGAGGCCGAGACCAGGAGCCGGGGCGCCUGGGUCGGCCGCCCAAGCGCUGAUCCUGAUGGCGGCGGCGGCGCAGGGUCUGAUGAUCUUUGAGGAUGUGGCCGUGUACUUCUCCCGGGAAGAGUGGGGUCUCUUGGAUGCAGCCCAGAGGACCUUGUACCGCCACGUGAUGCUGGAGAACUUCGCACUCGUGGCCUCACUGGGCUUCUCUGCCUCCCGACCUGAUAUAGUCAUCCAGCUCGAAUGUGGUGAGGAGCCCUGGGUUCUCAGUGGGUCAGAUGUGACCCUGGCCAGGAAUGCCCAGAGAAGGCCCAGCCCUGGUUCCCAACGUCUGGCAGAGGGCACAGGUGUUUCUGGGGAGGCAGCAUGGCCAAGGACCUUCCAGGAAAGGCCCCCUCCAACGCCUGCUAGGGUCCUCCCCACCACUGCUGCCUGUGAACCUGGAAACCGCCUGAAGGGGUGUAGGGGCACUUCCUCAUCUCGAGAGAGAAAACCCACAGGAGUUUCCGUGAUCUACUGGGAAAGGCUCCUGCUAGGUCCUGGCAGUGGUGAGGCCAAUGUCAGCCUGCGGCUGACCUCCCCACUGCGGGCUCCCACAGGCGGCCCACCUAAGGAGAAAACUCUCACAGGCGUCUUCCAGCCAGGCAAGCAGCCAAGGCCUUCGGAGCCGCAGGAGCCCAUGGUGCAGAAGCCCCCUGGGAGAACCUUCCAGAGUGUCCCAGACCUUGAGGCCAGGCACACUGUGGGGGAACUAGGAAUGGGGGCAGCUUGGCACGAGCCCCAGAGACUCCCCGCUGGCCAGGAGCCCCCCACCUGGGACGAGCUGGGCGAGGCCUUCCACACCGGCCCCGGCAUCCUCCCUGGGGAGAAGGCCUUCGAAUGCAGGGCAUGCAGCAAAGUCUUCCUCAAGAGCUCCGACCUCCUCAAGCACCUGCGCACGCACACAGGGGAGCGGCCCUACGAGUGCGCCCAGUGCGGCAAGGCCUUCAGCCAGACGUCGCACCUGACCCAGCACCAGCGCAUCCACAGCGGCGAGACGCCGUACGCGUGCCCGGCCUGCGGCAAGGCGUUCCGGCACAGCUCCUCGCUGGUGCGGCACCAGCGCAUCCACACGGCCGAGAAGGCCUUUCGCUGCGGCGAGUGCGGCAAGGCCUUCAGCCACGGCUCCAACCUCAGCCAGCACCGCAAGAUCCACGCGGGCGGGAGGCCCUAUGCUUGUGCGCGGUGCGGCCGCCGCUUCUGCCGCAACUCGCACCUGAUCCAGCACGAGCGCACGCACACCGGGGAGAAGCCCUACGCCUGCACGCUCUGCGGGGCCGCCUUCAGCCAGGGCUCCUCGCUUUUCAAGCACCAGCGGGUGCACACGGGCGAGAAACCCUUCACCUGCGCGCAGUGCGGCCGCGCCUUCAGCCACAGCUCCAACCUCACGCAGCACCAGCUGCUGCACACGGGCGAGCGGCCCUUCCGCUGCGGGGACUGCGGCAAGGCCUUCGCCAAGGGCGCCGUGCUGCUCAGCCACCGGCGCAUCCACACGGGCGAGAAGCCGUUCGUGUGCGCGCAGUGCGGCCGAGCCUUCCGCGAGCGCCCGGCCCUCUUCCACCACCAGAGGAUCCACACCGGCGAGAAGCCCGCGCGGCGCCGCAGGGCCUCCUCCGUCUCCCUGCUUCCUUGA